GCGUCUGCGAACCAGCCAUGACUGCCAACAAUUAUCCAUCAUUAUGGGGCUUUGGAACAACAAAAACAUUUAAAAUUCCUGUGGAACAUUUGGAUUUUAAGUAUAUUGAAAAAUGUUCAGAUGUUAAACACUUGGAAAAAAUACUUUAUGUGCUCAGGUCUGGUGAGGAAGGAUAUUAUCCUGAACUUACGGAAUUCUGUGAAAAUCGUCUUCAAGGCUUGGCUCCUGAAAGUAGAGCUUUGAGAAAAGAUAAACCUGCAGCAACAGCGGCCAGUUUUAAAGCAGAAGAAUGGGAAAAAAUUGACGGUGAUAUAAAGAGUUGGGUGUCGGAACUUAAAAAAGACGAAAAUAAAAUGCACUUUCAUGAAACUGAAACAUCUCCAGCAAUGGAAGAUCAUUUGCCUCCAGUUCGUGGUUCAAACAGCUGUGUUCAUGUUAGUAAGGAAAAAUAUUCUAAUAGCAGAUGACCUAAAAAGAAAAUUCCGAGGGAUUAUGCAGAAUGGGAUAAGUUUGACGUGGAAAAGGAAUGUUCAAAAAUUGAUGAAGAUUACAGAGAAAAAACUAUAGUAAACAACAAGUCACAUUUGUCUAAAAUUGAGACAAGAAUAGACACAGCAGGUCUAACUAAGAAGGAAAAGACUUUUCUUGCUACUCAUGAAAAGGAAAAAGGAAAUGAAGCUUUUAACUCAGGGGACUAUGAAGAGGCUGUGAUGUAUUAUACUAGAAGCAUAUCCAUGCUCCCCACCGUGGCGGUCUGUAACAACCGUGCUCAAGCAGAACUCAAACUACAGAACUGGAACAGUGCUUUCCGGGAUUAUGAAAAGGUCUUGGAGUUAGAACCUGGGAACUUGAAAGCUCUUCUGCCUACAUAUAAACAUCAGAACAAGCUCCAGGAAGCUAUAGAAGAUUUGAAUAAAGUACUGAAUGUUGAACCUGAUAACGAGUUGGCCAAAAAGUCCUUGUCGGAGGUUGAGAGAGAUCUGAAAAAUUCUGAACCUGCAUCUAGGGCUCAAACCAAAGGGAAGAGAAUGGUUAUCCAGGAGAUAGAAAACUCAGAGGAUGAAUGUGGGACGGACAGCGGAAGAGCCCAGGAAGACUGCAGUGGAGAUAAGAGUAAAACAUUUUUCCUCUUUUGGUUACGCAAAAACCUCCCUUUUUGUAUGGGCUGGCUCAAAUUUUCUAUUUCUACCCAAAUUCUUAGUCCGCCAAAACUUUUCUAGCUGCACCAUGUAAAUCCA